GCAGGGGUGGGGGACGAGCCCCGGGGUGCCCAGGUGCACGCCCGGCCCUGAGUGCACGCGGGCCUCGAGGGUGGGCCUGGCGCGCCUCCGCCGGGGGUCCGAGGGGCGCCUGGACUCGGUGUCUGGGUUGCCCAGCUCGGGGUCGGCUCGGCUGCGCUGUGGGAAACAACAAACCAUUUCAGCUGCAAAGCAUCUUAGACUGAGAAACUUUCAACUGUGCUGAAAAACCGAAGACAAAUUUUCCUUCCCUCUCAUUUGAAAGGAGUUAAAAAAGAAAUAAAACGGCAGAGGUUUAAAGUUAAUACUCAGGAUGAAUGAUGAUAAUUCAGAUGGCAAGACAGAAGAUGAACUGCAAUCCUUAUUUAUCUGUGAUAAAAAUGGAAACACAUAUGCAUGCAACCAAAAAUCACCACCUACCCAAAACGCUUCAACCAAUAAUGUGAGUUGGUAUUUGGCCAACCCAGAUGGCAUGGUGGUUGAUUAUGAAACUGGCUCUGAUGUGGACAUUGGUGAAAAAAUUUCUUUAACCCCUCAGUGUGUUGAAGUACACGAUCACCAAACAUCUUCAAGUAAUUUAAUCAGUCAGGGGGCGUUAGAGGUGCACAUGGAUUCCACGUGUCCAUCUUUUGCACAUGUUGUAAAUACAGCAGAACCCAAACAUUUGCAUAGCAGUUGUCAUUCCCUAGGAUCGUUGAACCAGAGUGUUGAGACAUCUCUAACUUUUGUAUGGAAAACUAACAAUGAUGAUUUGAACUGUACAGACAAUCCUACUGCCUUGCUGCUCAACCAGACUUUUGACAUAAAAGUGGAUAAUGUUAACUGUACCUUCGUAACACAUGAUACCACUGGAAAAAGUCAGUCUUUGCCUACCACUGCAAGCCUGCCAUCAACCAACACGAGAAGUAUAAAUACAUCUUUAUCCUGUUCCAUUCUUCCAUCUCCCCAUUCUGAUAAGAUACAUGUGAGAGAAACAAGUUGUGAUCGAGAGAGCUUUGAAAAUUCUCAAGCUGUGGCAUCACAGGCCCAGGACACAGCUUACACAGUGUUUUCUGACAUGGUGAUGCAAGUUGAUGUUGUUCCAGAUACUGAAAAUCAGUGUCACCGUUCUUCAGAAAAGGUUGCCAGCGAGUACCCAGAUGGAACACAGCAGAGACGAGGCAGAGAAAAGGAGAUAGAAGCUCUAACACAAGUUUCUGAUGGCAUGGAUGUUCCCAGUGGGUCUGUAUUACAAGAGUUCUUUUGUUCAUCUAAAGAUGAACCAAAUAGGGAGACACAUUCACAGAGCUCAUAUGGGCAAAAGGAAAUGGGCCAAAACGUUAGAGAAACAGUGUCCAAUUGUCUUAUAGAUGAUGAAUGCCUUUUACUGGUGCCAGCUGUUAGUAAAAGCAAAACCCAAGUGCUGGGCCCGAAACACCAAGUCACUGUGACUAAAGACACACCAACUGCCUCCAGUGAAAAGCAUUUGGAAACCCAAAAUCGUACCAUAGAACUGAUACCAAAUAGCCCACCAGGACAAAAGGAAGCAUCACUACUUGAGCUGACUUGGAAUGCAGAUGAUAUGGUCAUCAGUACCAAUAACAGAAUUUGCAUGUCCACGCCAAUCCUUGAACCGGUGAACACAACGUUUUCUGUCUCACCUGUUGAAGGCGUGGAGAAAUGUAGCAAAUUGCAGACAAGUAAUCGAGAGCUCCAAUGUUUACCAAAUUUGAAGGCAGCACCAAUGAUUGUGUCAAAACUUAACCUAGGAAAAUCAACAACCAAAGCAAAUAGCCCCCUAGGCAGCAAAGUUAGAAAAACCAAAAUUAUAAGUUACCCAAGACCAAACUUCAAGAAUGUUAAAGCAAAAGUUGUAUCCAGACCCAUGUUGCAGCCAAAGGACCCUGCUCUAUCAAAGGUUGCACCCAGAUCUCAGUUAACUGGUGCCUCAUCUCCCUCAUCAGUGUCUUCCUCAAGGCAGUCAACGGGUUUAAGCAAAACAGCAACAUAUGACUUGAAUGCAGACCCCAAAGCAGAAAUUCCAAUUAACAAGGCGCAUAAGCAGCAAUUUAAUAAACUCAUUACGAGCCAGGCUGUGCAUGUUACAACUCAUUCUAAAAAUGCUUCACACAAGAAGCAUCCAAGAACAACAUCUGCCAUGAAAUCGAAUCAGGAAGAUGUUGACAAAGCAAGUUCUUCCAAUCCAGCAUGUGAGACUGGAUCCGUGGCUGUGGUUUUUCAGAUCAAAGAUGAGCUCCCUGUGAAAAUGGAAAGCACAGAACGCUUGGAAGUGCCCUAUACUUCCAACAUCGAUAGGAUUAGCCCUGAAAAGAAGGGUGAAGAAGAAAAUGGGACAUCAGUGGCAAAACAGGAGCUAAAAAAGGAAAUCCUGAACGAGACCUCUGACUUUGGUUCUCUGUUUUUGGAUUCCGCUUCCAAACCUGCAGGCGUCUCAGGUGGGAAACCAGCUACACCCAACUCCUCCAUUCUGAGGAAAACUCCUGGUCUGAAAGCCAAAGUGGGGCCUUCUGUUUCCUGUUUGAGGCGGAAUAGCGACAGCAGAAAUCUUGCCUCCGAUCGGGCCGUGUCUCCCCAGAGGAUCAGGCGUGUGUCCAGUUCUGGAAAACCUGCAUCCUUGAAAACUGCGCAGCCGUCUCGAGUGAAUCUGCCCAGAUUGCUUCCUAGGCCCAAAGCGUCUGUGAAGAACCCCGCACUUCAGAGGACAGAAAGCACCUCGUCUGUGGCCAGCAUUCACAGUGAGCUGAGUGCUUACAGCAAUAACUCUGGCAAUGCCGCUGUCAUCAAAUAUGAGGAAAAACCUCCAAAACCAGCAUUUCAAAAUGGCUCCUCAGCACCCUUAUAUUUGAAGCCCUUGGUACCCAGAGGUCACGCGCACUUCCUGAAAACUCCUCCAAAAGAUCCUUCAAGAAAAAGUCUAUUUACAGCCUUGAAUACAGUUGAAAAGGGCAGACAGAAGAGUCCCCGAAGUCUGUGCAUCCAGACCCAGACAUCCCCAGAUGUGCUGUCCUCUGAAAAAGCACUUGAGUUGGCUCAGUAUAAAAGCAAAUGUGCGAAGCAAAGUGGAAUUAUCCUGCAGCUCAAGCAGCUUCUUUCCCUGGGCAACACCAAGUUUGAGGCAUUGACAGUCGUGGCUCAACACCUGCUGUCUGAGCGAGAGGAAGCACUGAAACAAAACAAAACCCUAUCUCAAGAACUUGUCAACCUCCGGGGAGAGCUAGUCACUGUCUCAACCACCUGUGACAAGUUAGAAAAAGCCAGGAAUGAGUUGCAAAUAGCUUAUGAAGGAUUUGUCCAGAAGCUAAACCAGCAGCACCAGACUGAUCUAACAGAGCUGGAGAAUCGGCUUAAAGAAUUUUACACCGGGGAAUGUGAAAAGCUCCAGAACAUCUACAUCGAAGAAGCAGAGAAAUACAAAACUCAAUUGCAGGAGCAGUUUGACAACUUAAAUGCUACCCACGAAACCUCUAAGUUGAAAAUCGAAGCAAGCCACUCCGAGAAAAUAGAAUUGCUAAAGAAGGCCUAUGAAACCUCCCUUUCAGAAAUCAAGAAAAGCCAUGAAAUGGAAAAGAAAUCCCUCGAGGACCUGCUUUAUGAGAAGCAGGAGUCACUAGAGAAACAAAUCAGUGAUCUGAAGAGUGAAAAUGAUGCUUUAAAUGAAAAGUUGAAAUCAGAAGAACAGAAAAGAAUAUCAAGAGAGAAAGCAAAUUUAAAAAACCCUCAGAUCAUGUAUCUAGAGCAAGAGUUAGAAAGCCUGAAGGCCGUGCUGGAGAUCAAGAAUGAGAAACUGCACCAACAGGACGUCAAGUUAAUGAAGAUGGAGAAGCUGGUGGACAAUAACACAGCGCUGGUGGACAAACUGAAGCGAUUCCAGCAGGAGAAUGAAGAACUAAAAGCUCGGAUGGACAAGCACAUGGCAAUUUCGAGGCAACUUUCCACGGAGCAGGCGGUCCUGCAGGAGUCGCUGGAGAAGGAGUCCAAGGUCAACAAGCGCCUCUCCAUGGAGAACGAGGAGCUGCUCUGGAAGCUCCACAACGGAAACCUGUGCAGCCCCAAGAGGUCCCCCACGUCCCCCGCCACCCCCUUCCAGUCGCCUCGGAACUCCGGCUCCUUCCCCAGCCCCAGCGUGUCUCACCCAGAUGACCUUCCUGGGAGCCACAGACAGACUGACAGCGUCUCUGCAGGACUGACCCCGCCCGCAACUGCGCACCACCCGCCCUAGAAGUGGGAAGCCCCGGCCCGAACCGGCUCCUCCCACGUGAGACUGGACUCCGGAGGAAGGCAUCCGACCCGGUCCAAAGAUGCUAUGGGAACGGAUCUACACGGACACUGUCGCACAAAGCACUUACAGGAUGGGAAAAACCUUGGUCAUUGCCUUUUUCACCUAUGGGUAAAGGGGAAAACUCUCAGGGGCCUGUUAAGAUAAAGAUUUAUAUAACCUUUGUAACCUUAUAUAACCUUUGUAAUUUAUAUAACCUUCACCACAGACA